CAAUCAAACUUCUCGAGCCAUGGGCAGUCACCAGUCGGCGCCGCAGACGCCAUCCGCGUUCAACUUUUACACGACGGGCGAGCAAGUCGCUUCCGUCUUGGCCGCUGAGGUCCCGCAGAAGGUCGUUCUCAUCACCGGCGCCAACACGGGUCUCGGCCUCGAGACAGCGCGGGUCCUCGCGGCCAAGGGCGCGACCGUCGUCAUCGCCUGUCGCUCCGCCUCCAAGGGCGACGCAGCUGUCGCGUCAAUCGUCGCUGCGCAGCCCGAUGCCAAGGUGUCGUUCCUGGCGCUGGACCUGGCGUCGUUGGCGUCGAUCAAGGCGUUUGCGACUGCGUUCGGCGCCCAGUUUGAGCGGCUGCACGUCCUCAUCAACAACGCCGGCGUCAUGGCCUGUCCCAAGGCGCCAACGACCGACGGUUUUGAGACGCAGUUUGGCGUCAACCACAUGGGUCAUUUCUACUUGACCAAGCUGCUCUUGCCGACGCUCAUCAAGACGGGAACCCCGAGCGCGCCAGCCCGCGUGAUCAAUCUCGCGUCGCUUGCGCAGUACCUCUUUGCGCCCGAGGAGGGGAUUCUGUUUGACGACAUUAACGGCGACAAGUACUACCACCCAUGGGAGCGCUACGGCCACGCCAAGCUCGCCAACGUCCUCUUCGCCAAGGAGCUCAACAAGCGGUAUGCGAGCCAGAACGUCAUUUCUGUCUCGCUGCACCCGGGCUCGAUCCCGAGCUCGGAGCUCUCGCGCUUUGUGGGUCUUGGGAACGCUCUGCGCGCGAUCUCGGGGCUGCGCUCCGGCACGUUGCGCCGGCUGUGUUUCGAAAGCUUCAAGUCGAUCCCACAGGGCGUGGCGACCACGGUCGCGACGGCCCUUCGCCCCGACGUUGUGCCAGGCGCCUACUACUCGGACUGCCAAGUCAGCGACGAACUCCACCCGAAAGCGACAGACGCUGACCUUGCGGCCAAGCUCUGGGAAGUCAGCGAGACGCUCGUCGAGGAGGAGGUGGCCAAGCUGCCGUAGUCUCAGCGAUCUAACUCUCGUUUGAUGUUCUAUUUCUCUUGCUC